AAAUUUAUUUCAAUAUAAAUUACAAUAUGACAUUGAUUUUUGUCUAAUACCCAACUAAAUUCUAAGAUAUCAGAGACUAAUUCUCUCGAGGUAACUGAGAUUCAUUUAAAGGGUUGGUCUCUCCCAACUAAUGCUUCUCCAUACACACCGGCCGAGAACGAACUCAAGACCAAAUAAUUAAAUGACUCAAAUAUCUAUCAUUUGUGUCACACUGUAUUGGUUCACUUUAAUUAAUUUUAUCAUGCUUGAUUUCUAUUUGAUGGCAAUAUAUAAUUAGCUCACAAAUCAUAUCCACUAAACACUUCCAAAAUAUAUUCUUUUUGUCUAUAAAAGGAAGACCACUUGUCUUUCCACAUCAUUCACAACAUUCUACACAUAAAAGCAUUCUGUGAAAAAAGAGAUACGGUUCUAGUAAAAUCUUUGCUUAUUUGUUACUCAAUAGUUCCAAACAUGGCCAAUUGUUUCUUGCAAACAAUGUUUCAAAAUUGUUUCACCCCAGGAAAGGAAAGCAACCGCCAAGUUAUAGGGACGGUUGUGUUGAUGAAGAAGAGUGUGUUGGAUUUCAACAACUUCACUGCCUCAAUGCUUGAUGGUUUUCAUGAGCUCGUUGGUAAAGGAGUUUCUCUUCAACUCAUUAGUGCUGUUAACACUGACCAAGAGAAUGGAUUGAAGGGGAAACUUGGGAAGCCUGCUAAUUUAGAUUGGAUUACCAAAUCCACAUCCACACCUCUACAAACAGGAGAAUCAGCAUUCAUGGUUACAUUUGAUUGGGAUGAAGAUAUAGGAACACCGGGAGCAUUUUUAAUAAGGAAUAAUCAUGACAAUGAGUUCUACCUCAAAAGCUUGACACUUAAUGGUGUUCCUGGUCAAGAUGUUAUCCACUUUGUCUGCAACUCUUGGAUUUACCCUGCUAAAAAAUAUGAAAAUGUUCGCAUUUUCUUCUCCAACAAGACAUAUCUUCCAAGUGAAACACCAAUGCCACUACUUAAGUAUAGAGAAGAAGAAUUGGAGACUUUAAGAGGUGAAGGAAAAGGCCAGCUUGAAAAGUGGGAUAGGGUUUAUGAUUAUGCAUUCUACAAUGAUUUGGCAAAUCCUGAUAAGGGUCCCGAACAUGCGCGUCCUAUUCUUGGAGGUUCUACCAAAUACCCUUACCCUCGUAGAGGAAGAACCGGCAGACAACCUGCAAAAUCAGAUCCUAAUUAUGAGAGUAGACUGGAUCUUGAGAUGAGCUUAAAGAUCUAUGUUCCGAGGGAUGAAAGAUUUGGCCACCUUAAAAUGUCGGAUUUUCUUGCUUAUGCGCUGAAAUCCAUAGUUCAAGUUCUCAAGCCUGAACUAGAAUCUCUAUUCGAUAGCACCCCCAAUGAGUUUGAUAGCUUUGAAGAUGUCAUCAAACUCUAUGAGAGUGGAAUUGAUGUGCCUGAGGGUUUACUUAAGGAAGUUAGGGAAAACAUCCAUGGGGAGAUGCUUAAGGAAAUCUUGCGAACUGAUGGGGAAAAGCUCCUCAAAUUUCCCAUGCCUCAAGUGAUUGCAGCUGAUAAAUCUGCAUGGAGAACGGACGAAGAAUUUGCUAGGGAGAUGUUGGCCGGUGUAAACCCCGUCAUGAUCUCUAGUCUUCAAGAGUUUCCACUACAAAGCAGGUUGGAUAAAAAAGUCUAUGGUGAUCAAACAAGUAAAAUAGCCAAAGAACAUAUUGAAAUCAAUCUGGAUGGGCUCACUAUGGAAGAUGCAAUAAGAGAAAGGAAGUUGUUCGUAUUAGAUUACCAUGACACGAUGAUGCCAUACUUAAGAAGGAUAAACUCCACGUCGACAAAGAUAUAUGCUAGCAGGACUAUUCUGUUCUUGCAAAAGAAUGGGACUUUAAAGCCACUAGCCAUUGAGUUGAGUUUGCCACAUUCUGAAGGAGAUCAAUAUGGUGCCAUUAGUAAGGUUUACUUGCCUGCGGAGAACGGUGUUGAAAAUUCUAUUUGGCAAUUAGCCAAAGCUUAUGUUGCAGUAGUUGACUCAGGCUAUCAUCAACUUAUCAGCCACUGGUUGCAUACUCAUGCCGUCGUUGAGCCAUUUAUCAUAGCUUCAAACAGACGACUUAGUGUACUUCACCCUAUUCAUAAGUUAUUGCAUCCUCACUUUCGUGACACCAUGAAUAUAAAUGGACUUGCGAGGCAGAUCCUCAUCAAUGCAGGUGGUGCUCUAGAGUCAACUGUUUUUCCAUCGAAGUAUUCUAUGGAGUUUUCAUCCUUUCUUUAUAAGGAUUGGACUUUCCCCGAGCAAUCACUGCCUGUCGAUCUUGUUAAGAGGGGAAUGGCUGUUAAGGACUCAACUUUCCCACACGGUCUUCGAUUGUUAAUCGAGGAUUACCCAUAUGCAGUUGACGGACUAGAGAUUUGGUUUGCCAUCAAGACAUGGGUUGAGGACUACUGCUCCAUCUACUACAAAGAUGAUGACUCAAUUAAGAAAGACUCGGAACUCCAUUCAUGGUGGAAGGAAAUAAUGGAAAACGGUCACGGCGACAAAAAAGAUGAGACUUGGUGGCCAAAGAUGCAUACUCUUGAAGAGCUGGUUGAAAGUUGCACUAUUAUUAUAUGGAUUGCUUCGGCUCUCCAUGCUGCUGUCAACUUUGGACAGUAUCCAUAUGGAGGCUAUCCACCAAGCCGCCCUUCUAUGAGUCGACGACUCAUGCCUGAAAAAGGAACUCAAGAAUACAAUGAACUUGCGGAAAAUCCUGACACGGCUUUUUUGAAAACAAUUACUUCACAAUUUCAAGCUGUUCUUGGCCUUUCACUUGUGGAAAUCUUGUCUAGACAUUCUAGUGAUGAGGUCUACCUUGGACAGAGAGACACCCAACAUUGGACUUCUGAUAUAAAGGCAUUGGAGGCUUUUGAGAAGUUUGGCAAUAAACUUGCUGAAAUUGAGAAUAGGAUUGUGAUGAGGAACAAUGAUGAGAAACUAAGAAACAGGUUUGGUCCAGUGAAGGUGCCAUACACUUUGCUUAAACCUACUAGUGAAGGUGGACUAACCGGCAUGGGGAUUCCUAAUAGCAUCUCAAUUUAAUAUGGUUGAGGGUGACUUUAGUUAUUUUAUUUAUUAAAAAAUAAUAGUAGUGAAGAAACUUGGUAAUUUUGAGUCUUUAUUUAUAUUUGUUUUAGAAUAGGCAAACAAGAGUAUUUUUAGUUUUUAUCUGGUCUCUUCAUUAUGGUGGUGCAACUUGCUGUAGAGUGCCAUAUAAUUUGCUUUAUCUAUGAAUAUUUGAAUUGUUAUUUUGGUUAA